AUGUCACGUGGUUCUCCAGCUCAUGUCAGGUGGUUGUCCAGCUCAUGUCACGUGGUUCUCCAGCUCAUGUCACGUGGUUCUCCAGCUCAUGUCACGUGGUUCUCCAGCUCAUGUCACGUGGUUCUCCAGCUCAUAAAGAGGCAUCCCAGUAUGGAAAAGCCGGCACCAGAGAUCCUUGCCAGAUCCUACCAUUGCAAAAGAUAUUUAAACACGAGACUGCCAGGAGCCACUAUAUGCAUUGCGUUGCGUUGCCAAGAAGAAUUGCCACGUACGCCUAAAUCACCAGAAGCAGUUUCUGAAGUAGACACGCGUCUUCCACCCUCUCUCAAACCUCCAACCAACAUCACACUCCAUAUGUUCGAUAUUAUCACGAAGAAUGACACAGUUAAGGCGUUGGCUUUGGGAGGCUUGGAACAGCGACAGGUUGAAAUUAAGAGUCAGCAUUAUGACCCUGUCCGUCAAUUCUAUGUCGCUCAAAUGGAGGAAAAGCUUAUGAAAGGGAAGAGGUACACUCUGCAAAUGGAGUUCCUUGCUUAUCUCAACGACCAGCUUUGUGGCUUCUACAGAUCGACCUAUAAAGAUGUUGACGGAAAUACCAGGUAUUUAGCUGUGACCCAGUUCCAGCCCACGCACGCCCGCCGCGCCUUCCCGUGCUUCGACGAGCCAUCCCUGAAGGCGACCUUCGAGAUCCACCUGGCGAGGGAGACCUGGAUGACGUCGCUCUCCAACAUGCCCCUCGCCUAGAUGAGACCUGUGAAAGGUCAGAAGGGCUGGGUGUGGGACCGCUUCGAGAGGAGUGUCCCCAUGUCCACCUACCUCUUGGCCUUCGUAGUGUCGGACUUUUCCUACAUCCCCUCCACCAGUGGCGAUGGCAUUCGCUUUCGAGUGUGGGCGCAGUCGUCGGCCAUUCGGCAAGCGGAAUAUGCUAGUCAACUCAGCUCAAAGAUUUUGUCAUUCUAUGAGACAUACUUCAAUGUGUCUUACCCGCUCCCGAAAAUGGACAUGGUGGCGGUGCCGGACUUUGGAGGGCAAGGCAUGGAAAACUGGGGUCUGAUUACGUUCAAAGACAGGGCAGUGCUGCACGAUCCUGACGUGACCUCCGCAAAGUCCAAGGAGAGCUUGGUCGACGUCGUGGCCCACGAGCUGGCGCACCAGUGGUUCGGCAACCUGGUGACGCCCAAGUGGUGGGACGACCUCUGGCUCAACGAGGGAUUCGCGACCUUCAUGGCUUUCGUCGGGAGUUCUCAUGUAUGUGUGCCGCGUUCUGCCUCCAUGCAAGGGGGAAGUUUCAAAGUCAACAAGGGAAGUGGAGUGGGGACAGUAUAAAGA